AUGCCUACCUUUCAACGUCUAGUUCGCUUCUUGGCCAAAGAUGGGAAAACAUACUACGGAGAUGCCAUCUUACCGCAAGGUGUAACUGACAUCUCAAAAGCCAAACAAGCAAAGAUAAUCCGAGGCGAAAUCUUUGGAAAACAUGAAGUCACGGAUCGCCUGGCCGAUAUUAGACUUCUACUUGCACCACUGGCUAUGGAAGAUGUGAAGACUGUCAGGUGCUUGGGUCUCAACUAUGAACAACACGCCAAAGAGUCCAACAUGGCCAUUCCCAAAUUCCCAAUCCUAUUCUACAAACCCAUGACAUCCCUCACCGGCCCAACAGACCCCAUCCCCAUCCAUCCCAUGGCCCAACAAGGCAGUGGCCUUGACUACGAAUGCGAACUCGUCGCCAUUAUCGGCAGUCCCUGUUCCUCCGUCUCGGAAUCCACCGCCCUCUCCCAUGUCCUAGGCUACGCGGUCGGCAACGAUGUAUCGCACCGCGACUGGCAAAUCAAGCACGGCGGUGGGCAAUGGUCCUUAGGCAAAGGCUUUGAUGGCUGGGCACCCUACGGCCCUGGUAUCGUCAGUGCUGAUUUGAUCAAGGAUCCGCAGAAUUUGCGGAUCCAGACGAAGGUUAACGGAGAGGUGAGACAGGAUAGUAAUACGAAAGAUAUGAUCUUUGGAGUUGCGAAGACGAUUGCGUUUUUAAGUCAAGGAACGACUUUGUUGCCUGGCGAUGUGAUCUUUACGGGAACGCCGCAGGGGGUGGGGAUGGGGAGGAAGCCGCAACUGUGGUUAAAGGAUAAAGAUGUGGUUGAGGUGGGUCUAGAAGGCGUGGGGUGGUGUUCUAAUAAGGUUGAGUUUGCAGGGAGAACGGAUGCAAAGUUGUAG